GGAGGCUGCAUGGAGAAUGGGAGGGAGGGGUCACUUAUCAUAAAUAAAAAGGUCUCCACUUUGCCGGUAUAGAGUGUAGGAACAUUGGGAGAAGAGAACCUGCUGUAUCAGAAAAAGCCUACGUAACAGAGGACAGCACAGAUCCUUAUAUUAUACUUGCUUGGAGUUCUGGGCCAGAUUCCAUACAAACGGAGAGUAAGGCAGAAAGCAAGAGAAAGACGUGAAAAUGAGGACCCUCAUCAUUCUUGCACUCCUAGCUGUUCUCAUGGUGACGGCUUUCUGCUAUGAGUCUCAUGAGAGCAUUGAAUCACAUGAAUUUACAAGUCCUUUCAUUAACAGAAGGCAUGCCAACGUCUUUAUGAGACCCCCACCAGAGAAUAGGAGGGACAUUUAUUGGCAGGAAAGGAUCAGAGAGCGCAGAAAGACUACCCAGGAACGUCAGCGGGAGACAUGCGAAGAUUAUUAUCCAUGUGAAAUUUAUGCUCUGCGCCAUGGCUAUGCUGCUGCCUACAAACGGUUCUUUGGGCAGAGGAGGGGCGAGUGAAAGCAUUACCAUUCCCAGCGCCUGGAGCCUGGAUUUUGUAGCUACAAAGAGUGACAUCUUUGAAAUGAAUUGUUGCUUCUUAACUGCAUAUUAUUCCACCUGUCGCUUCAUUCUUUUGUAGCCAGUGAUUUCUAGUAUCUGUUAAUUAGCACAAUGCUGAUGUAACUGUGGUUGGGCAGAGAAGGGAUGUAGGUGUUUCUUAUGAAAUGAACAAUAUGGUUCGUAACUGAAGAGUUUUCUUUGUGCUGUUUGCAUGUCAAAGAUGAAGGUGCAUAUUUGUACACACUUACUUAGAAUUUGUCUAAUAAAAUACUUUGUGUUGGAUAUAGAUCUAGGAUAUGUAUUAAGUUAUAUACUGGGAAUCAAUAGCAUGGUAUCCUCAUGAUGCCCUAGAAUAUCUAGGAGAGCCUCUAAAUUUUAAAUCUAUUUUUUAAAAAGUAUAAAAGUAGGUGAAAAAAAGAUAAUCAAAUCUUCUAUGCAAGAAUUCAAUGUUUUUUCAGUGUUCUUACAUGAGAUUGCACAAGGAUUUGGGGUGGGGAGAGAUUGUCAAAAUCUCACAGGAUUGAUGAUCUCAUAAGAAAUUUGUUUUGUUUUGCUGCUGUGCCUUUGAGUCAGUGUAAUCCCUGCAGUUUUAGGCAUUCUAAAUUUUUUAUUAUUUUGGGUUCCCUGAAAAGUUUCUGAUCCUAUUAUAUAGUAAUACUAAUAGGUACUGGUUUUUACAACUCUAUCCAGGCAUUUCAGUGGGUGUUGUGAUUAUUGCCUCAAUCUUAAAUGUUUCCAUGAUUCAGUGCCCUUAGCUUUCAAUAAAGUUAUACUGUGAAAAGUUAGGCCCUUGUAAUUAAAGCUGUUAGUUAUUAAAAAUA